AUGGUUCGGCACAAAGUGAAGACCUCGUCCGAGAGCGAGCCGAAGGCCGCAGCAAAACCUCAAGGAGGUGGCAGGUCAAGUCUGCUACUUUUUUGCCUAAGAGGCUGCGCAGUGAUCAUACUGCUACUAGCAGGCAUUGUUGGUGGGAGUAUGCUACUUUUCCCGUCGGGAACUACUGUCGCAGCACCGGUGGAUUCGCCUCGUGGUCCACCGGACACACUGUUUGCGAAGACUGCUAUCCCCCUGGUGCGGAAGUUUAUCAAGUCUCGGUACAAAGACUACGCGAAGGGCAAAGUAACUCUCCGUCACUUGAAGGAGCACAUUGUCGCAAACACGGACAUUGGCCUCACCUAUGAGGACUUGAGAGAUGAUCGAUACUCCUCUGUGAUCGAGGAUGAAGUGGAUGCUAUUGUGGCAAGAUGCGAUGGUGGCAAGAAGCCCAUCGCGUGCCUGGACACGGUUAGCGCAGACACCGAGCUGUGA